AAGCAGCCCGGAUGCACCUGUGCCAGCCCUGCCUCUUAGGAGGAGGGUCCUUGGAGGAGACCGAGCAGGAGCCACGGGGGAGGCAGGAGGGCACCCAGGAGAGUGGCAGCAGGGGACAAUCGGUCAAGGGCCAUUUCAGGAGGACAGACGUGUCUCUAGAGUCCGUAUAGUUGAAGACAAGGCUUGAGUGUGAAUUUGGAUCCAGUGAGGACUGGCCAGUCUGCAGUGGCCUUGAGUGUGAGAGGCGGCACUGAACUGGGGUCCCAGUGCAGAUGACCCCUCCCAUGCUUGGUUGAGGAGGGGUCAGGGGGACAGGCCAUGUCUGGUGGGGACCCGUGGAGAACUAUUUAACCGAGAAAACAGUGAGGAUGAAUCCAGGACAGGAGACAGAGGGAGCCAAGCCCCUGACUGGCUGAGGGCUGGGCCCAAAAGACAAGAUGGUGUGGGGUUGACUGUCUGUCUGGGGUUUGGGCUAGGUGUGUAAGGCUCUAGAAGGAGCUGGUACAGUCAUCCACUCAUCAACAUUAACUGAUGACUACUCUGUGCCAGACAGUGCCUAGAGGAGGAGAUUGAGUGCUGAAUACACUCCUUUACCCUAUUCCUGAGGAGACCAGAGUGUGGAGGCAGAGGGGACGUAAGACAGAGCCUGGUCUUCCCUCUCCUGGAGGACUCAAUGCUCUUGAGCAACCCUGCCUAUGACACUCCCCAUGGGCCCCAGGAGAGGCCAAGGUGUUGUCAGGGAGAUGGAGAAACCAUUUCUUCACCUUCCACAGGAGGCCUCCCGCUCCCACUGCCCAGCAAUCCCGUGAGGCAACAGCAGGGGCUGAGGCAAGUCCAGCUCACAGCCGGGGAGGAGAUCAGGGAUGGGGCAGGUCAGGAAGACGCGUGGUUGGGCCAUUGCAUCAGGCCCAGGAGGGGCAUAAAGGAGGGUCCUGCAUGCUGGGAGGAGGCCGACUUGGGGACCAUGGAGACUCAGAGGGCCAGCCUCGCCCUGGGGCGGUGGUCACUGUGGCUACUGCUGCUGGGACUAGUGGUGCCCUCGGCCAGCGCCCAGACCCUCAGCUACAGGGAAGCUGUGCUUCAUGCUGUGGAUCGUCUCAACGAGCGGUCCUCAGAAGCUAAUCUCUACCGCCUCCUGGAGCUGGACCCACCUCCCAAGGCCGAUCAGGACCUGAACACCCCGAAGCCUGUGAGCUUCACGGUGAAGGAGACCGUGUGCCUCAGGACGACCCAGCAGCCCCUGGAGCAGUGUGACUUCAAGGAGAAUGGGCUGGUGAAACAGUGUGUGGGGACAGUCACCCUGGACCAGUCCAAGGACCAAUUUGACAUAAACUGUAAUGAGGUGAGUGGCCCCUUCUGUGUUAUGGAGCUGAUAAUGGGGUGGGUUGUGGAACAUCCUUUGGACCAAUUACCCGUUGCCCCUUCGAGGGCAGAGAAAGGCCCUUCUACCUGGCCCCUCCCUCACCUGAGCCCCAGGCCUCCAGGACUGGCUCUGCCAUCCCUUAGAGCAGUGGUUCUCUAAGUGGGGUCCCACCCGGGAACUUGACAGAAAGGCAGAUUCCCAGGCCGCACUCAGACCUCCUGAAUCAGACUCUGGGCUGGGGCCCAGCCAUUUGUAUUUUCACAAGGCCU